AUGCCCAAAGACGCGAGACUCGCGCCAGCUUCUCCCGCCAGUGAGACCUUCAGCGACUCGAGUUCUCGAUCCCGGCGCAAACAUGGUACCCCAGCCGAUGUACCUGCGGACUCCGCUGGCCCAAGCGGACAGGACGUCCUCCUCUUCCUCAUAGGUUCGCGCCUGCUCAAUGCACUCAUCAUUCAGACGUUCUUCCAGCCAGAUGAAUACUUCCAAGCUCUGGAGCCCGCGUGGGCGCUUGCAUUUGGCUCGGAAGCCGGCGCGUGGAUUACAUGGGAGUGGAAAAAGCACCUGCGCUCUGCAAUUCAUCCCGCGAUCUUCGCUACGUGCUACAAGGCAGCCGAAUACCUCGCGAAUGCCCUCGCGCUACAAGCACCUUUCAGAGCGCAGCUGCUUCUAGCAACCCCCAAAGUUGCGCAGGCAGUAAUCGCAGCUCUUGGUGAUUACUAUACCUGGAGACUCUCUGAAGCCAUAUAUGGCGUACGGUCUCUUGCGCCAGCAGCUGCUCUGGUACUGACCGUGGCGAGUCCAUGGCAAUGGUUCUGCUCCACCCGAACAUUCUCUAACUCGCUUGAGACGACGUUGACUAUAAUCGCCCUCUACAAUUGGCCAUGGCAUUGGUCCAGCGACGGCAGCACAAAGGACACAGGCGAGGCUGACGCGCAAGGAUUGCGGAAGCGAACGGCGGUCACACUAUCUCACGGCGAUGUAGAUGAGACAACACGCUUACGACGAGCAUUACUGUUUGCGGCCCUUGCCACCAUCCUGCGACCCACAAACAUACUUAUCUGGUUUGCAAUGACGAUCCUGACCUGUCUGCGCGGCGUAAGGUCGCAUAAGCUUGUCAACGUGCCGGGCACAGAGCACACUGCUCUUAUUGAGAUCGCCGGCUACACGCUACUUCCUACAAAGACAGAAUGCAAGACAUUCCUUAGGGAAGCGGUCCUGUGCGGAGGUGUGGUCCUCGCAAUAUCUGCAGUGGUGGACCGCCUAUUCUAUCUCAGUUGGACCUUUCCGCCAUGGAACUUUUUGUAUUUCAACGUUGCCCAAUCCAUCGCCAUCUUCUACGGCAAUAACGAUUGGCACUACUAUCUAUCACAGGGCUAUCCGCUGCUCCUAACUACCGCCCUGCCCUUUGCGCUGAUUGGCAUGUACCGUUCAGUUCUCGAUACUUCUGCCUACCGAAACCUCUCCCAAUCUUCUCGAAAUGCAUUGUCCAACUUGACGAUUGCCUCACUCUUCGUCCCAGCUAUGCUCUCCAUCAUUUCCCACAAAGAAGUGCGCUUCAUCUACCCCCUCUUACCAGGCCUCCAUAUACUUGCCGCACACCCACUGUCAACCCAUUUUGCCUCGGCCUUCGACUCUCUCCGGCCCUACUCACAAACCUCGCAGCUUCUCAGACGCGCCCUCUUAGCCAUCCUUUUGGCCAUCAACCUCCUCAUUUCCCUCUACACGGCCACCCUCCACAACGUCGGCCUGGUCACGAUCACCGAACACCUCCGCACCACUUUUGAGACGCACUACCUGCCUCUUCCCGGGCCCAUUGCUCAAAACAUGACCGUCGGCUUCCUCAUGCCCUGCCACUCCACCCCCUGGCGCUCCCACUUGCAAUAUCCGCCCACCAGCUCCUCCCCGGGCAUUGACGCCUGGGCCCUCACCUGCGAGCCACCACUGGACCUCAACGCCACCGCCAAAGCCACCUACCUAGACGAGGCAGACCAGUUCUACGUCGACCCAACAGGCUGGCUGAAGCGGCACAUGUCGCGAAACCCGCCCGUAGCCAAGCUCUCUACGGGGGGUGUCGCCAACCACGAAGCCGGUUUGUUUGCAGGCCAUACGGCGAAGCCACGGCGGGUGUUUGAGAUCGAGACCAAGGAUGAGGAGGAGCUGUGGCGGGAGCGCAGGGGUCGCCGGCCGUGGCCCGAGUACCUGGUGUUUUUCCAGCAGCUGGAGCCGCAGAUGAAGACGGUGGUGGGCAGGCGCAGCGGGUAUAGGGAGUGUGAGCGGGUUUGGAACAGCCAUUGGCACGAUGAUUGGAGGCGGACGGGCGAUGUUGUCGUGUGGUGCUUGUAUCCCGAGAGGAGGACUGACGUGGCCAAUGUAGCUGGGAAGGAACAGGUGCAGAUGGCGGAGGCGAGGCGGAAGGCGGCGAUAGGUGGGCAGAGGGAGAGUACCGUGGAGAAGCCGUUUUGGAAGCAACGCCCGUUGCUGGGCAGGAGUGAGCCGGCGGGGUGGUGGGAUUGGGUGAAGUGGAAGACGGGGCUUGAGGUGAGGAAGAAAGGCUGGCUGGAAGGGUUGAUGGGUCGCGGUGGUGGAGACUGGAAUUGA